AUGAAGCAUCCAUUCCAACUUAUUCUCAGUGACAAGUCCGGCGAGCACCUCUUUACUUCUGCCAAACACCACAUCCAGGUUUUUAGCACCGCUACCGGUGCCAUUGUCGGGUCGUGGGUCGACACCGUGGACAUCAUGGAGCCGCUCAAGAAGCAGCAGCUCAAGAAGAUCCGUGCCUUGGAGGCGCAACAUGCGAGAGACAUAAAGGAAGCCGAAGCCGCUGCUGCCGCCGAGCCUGAUGCCAAGAAGCAGAAGAUCGAGGUCAAGCCGAUCAGAAUUCCAAAGAUCCCAACCCCGGGUCCUGGCGCGCCUCCAGUCUACAACUUCAUCCGUGUGCUCCACCUCACGGCGGACGAAAAGUACUUGGUCGGUACCACCGACUCUGACAAGGCCAUCAUCAUGUUUGAGCUCGAUUUCAGCCAGGAUAACUGCUUGCGCUUGGUGAAGAGACAAUGUUUGGCCAAGAGGCCUUGCGCCAUUGCGUCCUCCGAGGAUUCCUCGCAGAUGAUUGUGGGAGACAAGUUCGGUGACGUUUACAACAUUGGAGUAACUACGCCGGCAGUGGAAGACUUGAAGACUUUCCCGCAGCCAAUCUUGGGCCACGUUUCCAUGUUGAGCGACGUUGUGUAUGCCAAGCACGACGGCAAGGAGUACGUCUUGACCGCCGACAGGGACGAGCAUGUGAGAGUCUCGCACUUCCCAAAGAGCUAUGUCAUCAAGAAGUGGUUGUUUGGCCACAAGGAGUUUGUCACAAACAUGCUCAUUCCGUCCUGGGCCCCGGAGCGCUUGGUCACCUCCGGCGGUGACGACUUCAUCUGCUCCUGGGACUGGACCGCAGAGACAAACAACCUCUUGGACACCUUUUCCGUCAGAGAUUUGGUCUUACCGUUCCUAUCGGACUACCACAUCGCCCCAGAGCGGUUCUGGACCGAGGAGGAGGCUGCCGAUAGGUCAUUGCUCGAGCGCGAAAUCACCAUCCAGAAGAUCCUUGCGGUCGAAAAGUACAAGUUGUUGGUCGUUUUGGCUGAAAACACCAAUGCCUUGUUUGUGUUGAACUUGGCCGAUGACGGGAAGAUCACCUACAACCAGACCCUUACCACCGACUCCCAGAUCAUCACCUUCUCCGUUGACGCAAACGCCAGGAUGUACGUCGGGUUGGACAACAAGGACGGCCAUUUAUUGGAUGUGUACCAGUUCCAGUCGGCGUCUGAUGUCGAAAAGUUGGCCAGCACCACGAUGGACCAGAUUGCCGCUAACUCUGUGGUCGAGGUUGAAAAGGCCGACGACAUCUAUCCGUUGUACCACGCUGCCGCCUUAAGAAAGAGAAGCGAGUUUUCCUAGAGAGAGCAUGUAAUAUAUGAGCAUAGUCGAG